CGCGAUAGCUGCAGUUUGCGGCAGCGAGGAGCUGGGACGCCGAGGGGAGAGAGCGAGCCGAGGAGAGGCGAAAUAUUAUCAAGAAAAAAAAAACAAAAAACACGAAAAGCAUUAUUAAGUUAAUUAAGCCCCGGAUAGGUGCCCUUUACACUCACCGCUCGCCCUAAUACCCCCCUCCCGUGGCUCAUUCAUCGCCCCCCUGUGCCCUGAAUGAAGCGGAAUGGCCGAAGUGCCGCCUGGGCCUAGCGCGCUGCCUGCAUCCCCGGCCGAGAUUCUUCCCUUCCACAGGGCUGGACGUGCCUUGCCCGGGGAAGGACAGGAGCGAGGUUGUGGGCGCGGAGGAGACACGGUGACCCCCGGGGCCGGACAGCAGCACCAGGAGAGUGAAGGGAAAGGGUCAAGCAAGCUACCGCAGAACUGUCUCUACCCGCACCCGAGCGCUCAGCACUUACACUCGGCUCUGCAGCAGAUCAAUGGCACGAUUGGCGGCGGCUGUGCCGGUACCGGCGCGGAGGCCGGCUUGCAAAACUACCACAGCCGGCUCAGCAGCCACCUCCACCAACACCACCCGGCUCACAGGCCGAACGACAGCCCCCGGCGACCCGCUGAGAAUUGUGACAGCACAGGCGGGGUCCCGGACGGGCUCCCCGAGAACAACAACCGCGGCAGCACUCGCAGCCUGCACCCCCCACACAACCACAGCCGCUUCGCCAACAACAAUUACAACAGCAAGCUGGCUCCCAAACGAGGGGGUAAUAACACCGCCACUAUCACCGGCCAGCAGGCCGAGGUGCAGCUGGGCUGGACCGGCGGCCACAGCAGGACUGAUCCCCACUGCAUGACCCUUCACAUGGAAGAGGACGAGGAAGGUGACGGUUUGGAAAGAGCAGGCCCCGGGGCGCCGGGGGCUGUAGUAGAGUUAGCCGCGGUCCUGGACGCCUCCUGCACCGUGCAUGAUACGCCAGGGCAGGGCACGGAUACAAAGCCGGCGAGCCGGAGUUUGGGCAACAGCUCGCUGGAGGAGGAGGGCCCAGAUGAGGAGGACGCGAUCCGGUACGUCCGCUACGAGUCGGAGCUCCAGAUGCCCGAUAUCAUGAGGCUUAUUACCAAGGACUUGUCCGAGCCCUAUUCAAUUUACACCUACAGAUACUUCAUCCACAACUGGCCUCAGCUCUGCUUCCUGGCGAUGGUGAGAGAGGAGUGUGUGGGUGCCAUUGUGUGCAAGCUGGACAUGCACAAAAAGAUGUUCCGCCGGGGCUACAUCGCCAUGCUAGCUGUGGACUCCAAGUACAGGAGAAAAGGCAUCGGUACCAGUCUGGUGAAGAAAGCCAUUUAUGCCAUGGUGGAUGGAGACUGCGAUGAGGUGGUUUUAGAAACGGAAAUCACGAACAAGUCGGCUCUGAAACUGUACGAGAACCUGGGCUUUGUGAGGGACAAGCGGCUCUUCCGAUACUAUUUAAACGGGGUGGAUGCCUUGCGGCUCAAACUGUGGCUCCGCUAGCGAAUGACCCCGGCCUUCCCCCACCCAGGCUGGACACAAGUCAAGGGACGCCUUUCUUCCUCUUCUCCAUGACAAAAGGAACAACAACAAAGAAACACACAAAUAAAAAAAACAGAAACUAUGUAUACAUUUAGUUAUGAUUUUAAACUAGGAGAGCUGCUGCAGUGUUCUUCCCAGGGACGCAGCAGCGCAUUGUUUUUUCGGAGCAGUUUUGGGGCUGCGUCCACCCCCCCUCAUGAUAGAAUCUGGGGGCCAUGUGAGAAGAGAGCGACAGCGUCUAGCAGGACUUUCUUCGGUGCAUUAAACCAAUCAAAUACAAA